GAUUAAAUUUACGCCCAUGCUCUGGUUUAGUCUAGUCCAAGAAAAGGAAAAAAAAGCUUACCGGUGGCCAGGUAGAGUUUUCAGCCCCUCCUCCAGCGGGCACCCCGCCCCUCCAGGCUGGCGACCUGAGCAGGCUGAGCCUCCACCUGACUCACCUUACAGCCGCUCUGAAACUCAAUGCCAGGGCACAGAGGCUCCAGCCUCCGGGGAAUAACGCAGACCUCCGCGACUCUCAUAUGUGAGAGUAUUAUGUGCUGACAUGGAAGCACCAUACCGGGGCCUGGGCCGCUGUGUGGGCUGCUUCUGGCUCGCAGUAGCCUUUGACAUUGUGGGACUGCUCGUUCUUCUCCUCGGGGUGUUUGUCAACGUGUUUUUCUACGACCUGCUCAUCUACGCGGGAGCCAUCGUCAUCUUCCUCAGCCUCAUCUGGUGGGUGUUCUGGUACUCCGGGAACAUCGAGGUCCCCCCGGCGGAGCUGGAGGAUGAUGUCGGCUUAUUGAAGAAGAACAAGGGCGCUUUGGGCGGCGUUGGCGGCGUGGUGCGGCGCCUCUCCAGCCGCGUGUCCAGUAGCAUCAGGUCCUCGCUUCGUCGGAACGGAGGAGCGCCCGGCACGCGCGCGGCCCGCACGCAGAUGUCAGCCAGAGGGCAGUCGGUGGCCCCGCAGACUGAGCAGGUGGCCGUCGCCAUGGCGACGAUGACCCCACAGGAGGAUACCCUGUACCCUGCUGUCUUCUCAGUGGCGGGCUGUGACGUGGAAAUGCUGCAAACGACAACAGAGACUUCACCUGCAUAGUGCGGGCCGACAGACCCUCGACCAGCCUGUCUACAGUGUCUUCAGCUGACUCCACUGGAUCCUCAACUUUUUUACCAUUUGUGUGUUUAAUGAGACAUUAGUAAUACUUGAUGAUGAUGUCUGGAAAAUAUAUUGUUGAGUCUUUAACAAAUACUUUAUCAAAAUGUAUGGUUUUCUUAUAGAGUUAGUUACAGUUAUGUAUGAAUAGUGGUGGGAAUCAGAGGGUACCUCACGAUACCAUACAUGGCUCACCACAUAGGCCAACACAUUCUCACUCCCAUCGCGUAAAAAAUACGGACGCUUGGUCUAAAAGUCUCCUU